GGCCUGUCGCGGUUCUGUCGCCGGCGGCCGCGGGCGCCGGCGGCGAUGGCGAAGACGAGCCUGGUCCGCCAGUUGCGCCCCGCCAGCCGCAGGGCGUCUUCGCGGGCAAAACUAUGCAGAAGAUAUCGGCGGCUCUCCAGCAGGAGCUACUGGCGAGGAAGCUGAUCACAUAUUAUUCAGAAUGGUGUCAUUCGCCGCGGCCAGCUUGCCCCGGCGUUGCCUUCAAAGACUCGCGCAUCUUCUUCGCCGAUGACGGGUCCCUGGAAAAUGUCGAGAAAGCGCCGGAGAACGAUGUCUACGUGUACAUUCCACAUAACCUGAAGGACCCAGUGCUCCAGACAGCCGAAGACCGACUGCAUAAGUUUCUCUCGCAAGCGUUCUGGAAGAAUGAUUUUGCUUUGGAAUGCCAACUUGCGGCGAUGGCAUUGACGCUGCAGGGGGUCAAUAUUGACAGGUGCUUCUGGACUGUGGGCCCUGGCGGAGUCGGCCAGUCGAUCUUAACGCAUCUGAUCCACAACGUUUUCAGCGGGCUUCAUGCUUUCUUGGACACGAACAUCUAUUUCUCUGGCGACGAACUGCGGAAGCAAGCUGACGGGCUGAUUGGCAAGCUGAUCACGACAGCGCAGGAGGCGGUGGACAACUCCAGGCACGGCUUCAGGGAGGACCUGUUCAAGAAACAUAUUUCUGCGGACCCCAUCGCCGCGAGAUUACCCUAUGGCAUCGUGACGCGCCUGAUAGAACUGGCGGGGUGGAAGCGCUUGGAGUUGAACAGGCUCAUUCAGUUUACCUCUGUGCGCAAGAUCUUGUCCAGAUUCAAGUCCGAGGCGGAAGUCAAUGCCAUCCCAGAUGCCGCCAGCAUGGGGAUCUUCGUGAAGGAUCCAACCCUGCGUGCGUUCGUCAAGAGCCAGGUUGUGGUACCGGCCUUCUGGGAGUUGCUGCGGGGCUUCAUGGAGUCGCACUCGCGGACAAGCGCAGAGGACCUCAUCGAAGAGUAUGCCACGGGCGGCGACGGCGGAUUAACGAGAGAUUGCGUGCAGGCUGCGACUGGGCUGUCGCCCGAUAAAGCAGCCGCUGCAGCAGCCGCGGCAUUCGACCCUGUCCAGGCCGCGACAGAUGCCGAUCGUUUGCUUGCAGUUCGAAUUGCAGGGGCUGCUCUGGAUCGCAACUAUGAGAGCAUCUCCGAGCACGACUUUGUGCACAAGUUUGGCUCUGAUGUCGUGGGCGGCUCUAAUGAUGAGCGCAAGGCCGCGUUCGCGCGCCUCCUUGAGCGCGGCCAUUUGGUCUUCGAGAAGAAGACUCAUCGCGGGCAUCCAGCAUACGUGCCACUACUAAAGGUCAGCGGAACCAUGGCAGACCUCGGCCCCGCAGAUCGCGACCUCGUUGGACCAGCGCUGGUGGAAACGAUUCGCUGCAAGGAGCUCACCGAAUACGUCCGCAGCGCUGCCCGCGUCCACAACGUGGAGACGCCGAAGAAGCGAGGCAGGAUCGGCAGGAAAACUGCAGACGAUGCAGAGAAACGCGCCGACCUGCUGCAAUCCCUGCGAGCCCAAGAGUCCGCUGCAGACGCAGUGGCGAAGUACGUCGCAGCUUCGGCGGGCGCGGGGCAGGGCGGCGAUGUGUCUGAGACAGCACAAUUCACUACCACAUAUCAGUUGAAGUUUGAUGCGCCGUCCAGAAGGUAUGUGGUUGGCUUCGGUGCCCAGAGCCUGAAUUGGUCCGCUCGUCUGGCCGGGCUGGGUGACGUCGACGAUUGGGACAUCAAGAAAUGCACGUUCACGCUGGCCCCGCAGAUUGCAGCGAGAGUCGAGUUUGCGUUGGGCCAGCACCCGGCAGCGAAGUUUGAGUCUCUUCGUAGAUAUUCCACGGACACGGCCGCAGUAUGCAAGGAGCUCGGCAUGACCGCAGAGGAUGCUAAAAGCACGUGCAUAUCUGUCUUCUGUGGCGGCAAUCCGCCCGAAGCGCUCUCCGAGAAUAGCUUCCUCUUGGCGUUGGGGCGCGAGGGCAUUUAUCUUCGCUGGCUUGCUGUCUCAUUGAACCCCGAGAUGCACGAGGUUUUCGUCAGAGAUAGUUCUCGGCGGAGCCCGGCUGCGACUACGUGGUUCUACAUGUGGACUUACGUUGAAGAUUGCGUCUUAUCUGCCUGGGUCGAUUUUAUCAAUACACAAGCCGUGCAGCAUUUGAGUUUGAAUUUCGACGGCGUCAUGGUCGAUCCUGGGCGGGUCGGGGAUCGGGCAGCAUUCAAGGCCGACUCGGAGAAGGCGAUCUUGGAGGCCACGGAGUAUUCCGUAGAGGUCGCCUUGAAGAACCACGCGCGUUUCCUGGACAUGCUCGUCGGCGACGCGGAGACCGUGGCGCGCGACGACGCCACUAUUCCGGAGGUACUGCUUGCUGCUGGCAACUGCAUCAUCCUCAUGAUGGCCAGGCUGACGGACAACGUCGCCGCGGCGGCGACCAUGGCGAACAAGCGCAACAAGGCGAACAAGGACGCUGCAGAGUGCAAGGUGCGGACGUACCAAGAUUGCAGCAAACUCAUGAAGCAGUUCCUGGCGCCCUCGUUAGAUUUCCCGACUGGAGAGGGCAGGUAUCUGAUCCACACCGAGAAUGGCGGCCACCCGCAGUGCGUGGCCGCGACCCUGCUCCAGGACGAUGUCUGCCAUGUGUUCGUGGGGGAGAAAACGUGCGAGACCAAGAUUUCAACCGUGCGUCGGUGCUGGUCCGCGUCUGCAGACUCCAAGUUUCUUGCUCAGUUCAAGCUUUCGGCCGUGGUGCUCCCGCCAAACACGCAGGAACAAGUGCUCCUUGAUUUGAAAGCGGGCGGAUCGGCUAGCGACGGCUCAUGCAGCGGCGGCGCGCCCUACACCAAGGGCAAGGGUCUGCGGCAGGACGUCGCCGACGAGUUCGAGACGCACUUGGAAUUCUGCGUAUGCGGGUGCAGGCUCUGCAAGAAGAGCGAUACGACUCACGAGGCCAUCGCCCAUGACCUCCACGCCGCGACGACAGUGGCGGUCACGCCCUGGCAGUGCAAUAGCAAGAAGUGCCGAUUGACAUACGGCCCCAACUUCGUGUGGGUCGGGGGGCGCAAGAAGAACGCUGCUACUCUCGCCGACCUGGAGUGCGCCGGAGUCGUCUUCAUCUCAAGUAAGCGCGGCUUCACUUUGAGAUACGUGCGGUACUACGAGGCAAUGUUGUUCAGGAACUUCGUCUCGGCCAGGGGCGCAGACUGGGCCCAGAAGGAUGUCUUUGACGACGGCGACGGCAGCGGUUGGCAGGGGAAGGAAUUCCCUGUCAACAUGCGUAAACUUCACAGCCAUGCUAUCAUGUAUGCGCUGGCCGUGCAGGAGCUGGAACCGCUCGACAAGCAUCUUGACAUCUACGUGGAGGAGGACAUCAACGAGAGCGCCCUGAGAACAUACGACGAGCACCUCCACCGGCGCGUCUAUCCGCCCGCCAACUCCGCUUCCGUUACUGAGCUAGUGGGCGACGGCCACGAGAAGGUGUUGGUGCGCUGCAACGGCGGCUGCGGCCUUCCAGGAGGGAAAGUGCUGAAGAGGCCUUCGGCCGCUCGGAAGUUCGCUGGGAAGGCCCUGACGAAAAAGCCCGCUGCCGCGAAGACUCGCUCCAAGCCCAAGCCUGUCGCGAAGAAGGCCGCCGUGAUUAAGAGGCCCGCGGCGACCAAGGCUGGCACGAAGCGCAAAGCCCCGAGGUCUCUACACCACAACAACGGGUGGUUCAUGCUUCUGACCACGAGCGGCCGCGUGGUGGCCGUGACCGAGCAGUCCGCGCCAGAGGGCAACGACGUGGUCAAGUCCACAAUCCUCCGGGUUCUCCCGCAGUAUCCGAAGGUGGCAGAGCAGUGCUUCUCAUGGUUUCGCGGCUACUCGCGGAUCUUCAACGAGAUGUCGGCCAGCCGCCACCGCUUCUUGGUCUUGUACUUCGUUGCCAAGCACAACUCAAUGUUGUCUGCUGGCGACACUGAUCACCUGGGGCACCCAGCGGCAGCCGCCA